UUUAUCUUGACGUGUGGCAUCGAGCGGCCCCACGGUGCCAGGCUCGGGAAGAGAAAUGGAGUCAGCUUGGCGUUCGACCUUUCUGCUGGGACUCUUCCUUGUCCCCUGCUCCCUUGCUCAAGGUACGGUACACCGCGGUGACACUGGAACUGUAGCGGGCUCCAAAUCUCUGCAGCCGUGGCUGGUGGGGCUGACGGCCGUCAUGUGCUUCCUGUUUGUGAUCUUUGUGGCCACCCUCAUCAACCGCUUCUUCUGCUCCAAGAUGAAGAGUGCUGAAGAGACACCGAAAAGGGAUGCUGAACUGAGGGCUGAACACAACGUUUACGACAACAUAGUCAUGGAAAUGGAAGAAGGGACUUCCAAAACUGCUGCACCAGAGAUGGAAGAUGAUAAACGUACUAACCUGUGA